AUGUAUCUCACAGGCGUCCACUUCAUCGGCGUUCUUGUGUCGCUGUGGAGCGUUCCCAUUGGGGCGGAGUUUCCUCUGCUCUUUCCGGCGUCCUCCGUUUACCAGAUCACCUCCUCACUUUCGGUUCCUGUGGUGAUUCCGGAUCGGAAACUAUUCUGGGAUUGGGGCCUGCAGAUGAACUAUGCCCUGCCCGCCCAGCCCUCGUCCUUCUACGCCGCCACCAUUUGGCCAGAUGAGUUUUCGAGGCGAGGAAAGCGUGAGAUGCUGAAUGAGACCGCAAAAUAUCUGCCCAGAGGUGUUUCCACGAUGCAUCCGAGUGACUUCUCGGCCGGGGAGCUGUACGAGAGUCUCGAAAACAUGCUCAUCCAGUACGGAUUCGAUGAGUCCUGUCUCCUGCGCAGUGUUUGUGAACUGGCCCGACAUCCUUUCAAGGAUACAGAAAACAAUAUGCUUACGGCCCUCAUGACUUUUACUCUGACCCCCUCUUUGCACGAAGCUUUUGGCCCAGGCGAAAGUCUCUACCGACAGGUUUAUGAACAAGCCGAACAACAGGGAUUUCUAGGAAAGGACUGUGCUAAGUUAUAUACCAACUGCCCGGUGGACUUCCUCAGCGGCAUUAGCAGCUUGUUGAUAUAG